AUGGUCAAACCCUCUCCGCAACUCCAGGCGCGCAUGCGCUUCACCACCAAACAGGUCGGCAAAGGUUUCUAUCGAGGCACACGAACUGGUUCAAUGGGUGCCCACACCCCAUAUGGAGGCUAUAUCAUCGAUUACCGGAAGACUCGCCAUUAUGUCGUACCUGACUUCAAAGGUUUCAAGCUCACGCCAUUUGUCAGUAUGGAGGUCAAAGACCAUGGCCGAGUAAGAGAAGAUCGUAAAACGGGUGAAGCAUAUGAAAUAUCUGGAACUAGUGGCAUGGAAUUCUUAAAGGAGUGGAAAGAGCACAACCCACGAGAGUAUGAGGAUGAGGUUGCUUGGGAGAGAAGUCCAGAUCGUUCUGAUCAAGAAACCAUACCCGAAGAAUGGAAGUUCAAACUCCCAGUCAGCCGGUACGAGACACGUUCGACACCUCCGGCUCACACGGCAGUCAGCGAAAUUUCAGAGCAAGGACCAGUCAGCGAGAUGUCGAAAACGGGAGAUAAUACCGGCUCUGUUCCAUUGAGAUAA